CGUUCCACCCUCCUUUUGGCAACUGGGAGGAUCCUCGCGGGAUUUCAGUUCGGCUUUAUCAGUUCGGGCUCUGUGGGUGUGACAAGAAGAAGGAUGACUGCGCUUCGUAGUUUCUGAUCCGGAACUAGUUUUUCAGAAAACCCGGAAGGAGUAGGUGGCGCGCGCGAAGCGUGUUCCUUGUUCUGGAGUGGAGAACUACGAGGUGAGUGAGAAGUGCUCCAGAUGCUCUCCAAGUUCUUGACUAUGGAGUAUUUGGUCCAUCCUGGUACACUCAGCUUGGCUGCUGGAGUUGCUUGUGGCAUGUGCCUGGGCUGGGGCCUCCGGAGCCACCGUGGGAUGUUCCCCCAGAAUUCAACAAGUGAGGCAAACAGAGACACAGAGACAGGAACCGAAGCAAGCAUCUUGGGAGAGAGUGGGGAAUACAAAAUGAUUCUUGUGGUUCGAACUGACUUAAAGAUGGGGAAAGGGAAGGUCGCCGCCCAGUGUUCUCAUGCUGCUGUUUCUGCCUACAAGCAGACUCAAAGGAGAAACCCUCAAGUGCUCAAAGAGUGGGAGUACUGUGGCCAGCCCAAAGUGGUGGUCAAAGCUCCAGAUGAAGACACCCUCAUUCAAUUACUCACCCAUGCAAAAACCUUGGGACUGACUGUAAGUUUAAUCCAAGAUGCUGGUCGUACUCAGAUUGAACCAGGCUCUCGAACUGUCCUGGGAAUUGGGCCAGGACCAGUAGAACUAAUUGAUGAGGUUACCGGCCACCUAAAACUCUACUAGAUGAGUUCUUGCUUGAUGGUGAUUCUGUCAGAAGACGAUGAGCCUGUCAGUAACAAUAAAUGCUUAAUUCUUCUCCCCACUUUAA